AUGCCUAAAGAAAAAGGCAAGCGUCGUUCAGGACCAACUCGAGGCUCAACUCGUGGCCGUCCGCAGCGUGGCAUCGAGCAAACGCCGGCUGCAGAUGUUGGUGAAAGUUCAACGACGCCGUCGAGUACUGCUGGGGUGAACUACGUCGACUUAUCAACGGAGGUUCUCCAUCUCCUCCUGGCGCAACGAAAUCUCGCGCUUUCUGGUUCGCGUGAUACUCUUCUUCGGCGCCUCGCCGAUCACGAUGGAGCAGAAGUCCCAGCUGCAUCGAGUGCCGAUCCGAGACCCAGCUCAACACCGGAAUACUCAUCUGAAUCUCUCUGCUCGCUUGCGUCGAACCUUGUUCCUCUUCUCCGCGACGUUUUGGCCCAACAAAACGGGUCGCCGCCAACUAUGCCACCUCAACCACCGUCGCUGCCAAGUUUUCCCGCGCAAAACGCUCCAACGCCGCCUCUGGACCUCGGUAAUCCAUCACAAGUUGCCAGCCUCCUUUCGUCGCAGCCGUCGACAUCUUCUUCGCCAUUAGACGUCAGCCCAAGUUUACCAAAAAGGCUUGAAGAGCAAAUUCUAAAGGGUGAGUUUGUCGAUUUUUCUUUGCUUCUCCCGAGUAAUUCAGACCGUCCUAGUUUUGCCCCUAUUCGCCUUUCAGUAGAGGGCGACUAGGGUUUCACGAUCCCAAUUCCUUUCUCAAAUUUCGGAAAGCGCGCUAAAGUCGAC